CCAAUCCAAUCCGUCGACGUCGCCACGUGGACGCCGGAAUAUUCCUCAGAAUCGACGGCGACGGCGACGACCGAUUUCCCCCGAAUCCAAAGAAUUAGGGUUUUUCCGUUUUUCUUCUCUUCCUUCCUCCGCUUCGAUCGGAGCAGCGAAGCAUGGACAGGCACGGAGGCGACUACGACGGCGACCCCUACCACCGCCCCCGCCACUACCCCUCCGACGACUUCCACUACCCCCACCACCACCACCCGCCGCCGCCGCCGCCCCACCACCACCACCCGCACCACCAGCCGCCGCCGCAGCAGCAGCAGCAGUUCUACGAUGACUAUCCCGACCACCAUCCCCACCCGCCGCCCUACGACGGCCCCGACCCCGACUUCGACCCCCACUACGGCCAGCCCCAGCACCACCCCCACCCCCACCACGUCCCCGGCGAUUUCGACGGCCCCUUCUACGGCGGCGGCGGCGGUUCCAUCCUUCCGACAACGGCGGCGGCCCACGGCGGCCCCAUGCCUUUCAGCGGCCGCAAGAGAGGGCGCACCGAUGCUAUGGGUUUGGCCAAGCUUUACGUCGCGGAAGUGCCAAGGACGGCUGCUCGAGAAGAUAUCCAACCCCUGUUUGAGCAAUAUGGGCAUGUUGUUGAGGUGGUUCUGCUCUGGGAUAAGAGGACUCGCCAACAGCAAGGAAGCUGCUUCGUGAAAUAUGCUACAUUAGAGGAAGCUGACAGGGCUAUUAUAGCCUUAAAUAACAAAUACACUUUCCCUGGGGAAGGAUCUGCAGUUAAAGUUAGAUAUGCAGAUGGGGAGCGAGAACGCCUUGCGCCGCCUCAACCGUUUCCUCCUGUUAAAGUCAGACAUGCAGAUGGGGAGCAAGAACGCCUUGGGCAUGUUGUGGAUAAGUUAUAUGUUGGAGGUCUGAACAAACAAGCUUCAAAAUUAGAAAUUGAAGAAAUAUUUGCCCCUUAUGGUGUUGUUGAAGAGGUCUACAUAGUACGUGAUGAACUGAAGCAUAGCCGUGGUUGUGCAUUUGUUAAGUACUCUCAUAGGGACAUGGCACUGGCUGCAAUUAAAGCAUUGAGUGGGAAUUUUACUAUGAGAGGUUGUGAGCUGCCAUUAAUUGUUCGUUUUGCGGAUCCUAAGAAGCCUCGGAAUGGAGAACCAAGGCCCACACGGAAUUUUGGUGAGCCAAUUGGAGGAUCUAUAGCUCCUAGCGCCCCAAUUACCAAGCAGCAGAUUUCCACACAUUCACAGCCGGUAGCUGUUUCUCAGAUUGUAGACCAAGGUACUGCAGAUGAUGGCAUGAUGCAAAAUCCUUUUCCUAUGGCGCAGCCGGCAUCUUCAGAGAUAUCUCAAAAGUAUGUGCAGACAGCACAAAUUCCAGAGGUUACUGGGUCAUCACAACCAUCUGCCCCCCAGGCACAGAAGCAGCCGCAUGUGCUCCCCAAUCAACUCAAAAUUCCGAGCAGCGGCAUAGUUUUCAAAGUAUCAGGCAGGAGGAAAUUGUAUCCUUGGUGUUCAUUUCUUUUAUUCAGAUCUUUAUUAUCUAGUUUGUUCUACUGUCUUCUCAGUCUCCUCGGUCUAGAGACAAUCCUCAGGCAGUUCCAAGCACUUCUGGUUUGUCUCCUGCAUUUAUUGAGAUGGAAGAUUUAGAGUGUGAUUGGAGUCAACAUGUCUGCCCUGAUGGAAACAAGUACUACUAUAAUUGUGUUUCAUUGGAAAGCACACUGGCUGCAGUGGGAUAAGCCGGAUGAGUUUGCAAGAUAUGAGCAAGAAUUGGAGAAGAGGCGAAAGCAGCAAAGUGAUGACAAAGGUUUUACUACGAUCGCGCCUGAUUGUUCUAUCCAACAAAUUGCUCUAGGACAAUCCCCGUCGCAUCAGAAUACUCUCCUUUCUCAGGAACUGAAACUUCAUGCACCUGCCCUGGAAAAGGUACAUUAGGAAGGAGCUUCGAUCUAUGAUCCAACUUGCAUUUAACAGAUGGGAAGAUAACGGGCAAAAGGAUGGGGGAUUGGUUGGAAAUUGAAGCUGAAGGGUGAAGUAGUCAUCUGACAUUGUGAUAUCACUCCACUACAUGAAGGGGAUACUUUGAGGGGAUACUUUCGGUUCCUCGACAUGGGAGAAAAUCCCUGUGAGAUAGCUAGCUAGACGUUGGUAGAGUAUAGUAGUUUUGUAGAUUCUUCUUUUCUUUUCUUUUCUGCCUCCUUUUGGUUUCUGAUCUCUGUUAUAUGUUUCUCUUCGGAAUCUCGCACAAAAUCUUGAAAUGUCAGUGCCGCGCAAGUUCAGAUUGGAGAUAAUGCUUCCAUGACAUGAUUAUUUGCGAUGUUAUGACUGGGUUAUGUGCAUU